AGACUCAGUUCGAAAUCCCUCUUCAAUCUUCAACCAUUCGCUCCGAAGCAAAAACCCUUGUCCUUCUCAAAGCGCCAGAUCCUCACUUGCACUGCCCUUCACAAGCCCGAGAUCAGCGUCGAAGAGAAGGGGCAGCCCGAAACCCUAGAUUACAGAGUGUUUUUCCUCGAUUCCUCUGGCAAAAAGGUUUCCCCCUGGCAUGAUAUCCCGUUGAAAUUGGGGGAUGGGGUUUUCAAUUUUGUGGUCGAGAUUCCGAAGGAGAGCAGUGCGAAGAUGGAGGUGGCAACAGAUGAGCCCUAUACUCCGAUUAAGCAGGAUACGAAGAAGGGGAAGCUGAGAUAUUAUCCGUAUAACAUAAAUUGGAAUUAUGGGUUGCUUCCACAAACUUGGGAAGAUCCAACAUUUGCCAAUGCUGAAGUUGAUGGGGCAUUUGGGGACAAUGACCCAGUUGAUGUUGUUGAGAUAGGUGAUGCUCGGGCUAAGAUUGGUGAUGUUCUCAAGGUCAAGCCUUUGGGUGCUCUAGCCAUGAUUGAUGAAGGGGAGCUGGACUGGAAGAUCGUUGCAAUUUCAUUGGAUGAUCCUAGAGCUUCCCUUGUAAAUGAUGUGAAUGAUGUUGAGAAGCAUUUUCCUGGCACUCUUACUGCAAUAAGGGACUGGUUCAGAGAUUACAAGAUUCCAGAUGGAAAGCCUGCCAAUAAAUUUGGUCUUGGCGACAAGGCAGCAAACAAGGAUUAUGCUAUGAAGGUCAUCAUGGAGACAAAUGAAGCAUGGGCUAAAUUGGUCAAGAGAUCUAUUCCUGCAGGGGAGCUUUCAUUAGUUUGAAACUGAGAAGCUGUGGGUUGCUUGUCUAAUUGCAGGAACUUAAUAUUUAUCUGUACAAUUCCAUUGGAGGCAGAUUUUUAAUAAGUCAAGACGGUUGUUUAUUUGACCAUGUGGGAUAUUGGACUUCAUAAUGAGAGUAGUUUCCAAUAAAUAUAAUUGAGAUGUUAUUGCUA